AUGCAAGAACAAAUCGAAUCAUCGAAAGAAAUGGUUGAUUCCUUAAAAACAACGAUCAACACUCUCACUGAAACCAUCAGCAAGAUUCCCCAAGUAGUAACCAUGGCCGUAUCUGUUGCUCUCUCAAAUGGCAAUCGUGAAGCCAUGUCAACCAAAAGGGCUACAAUCACUGGAUCGAACAUUGUUUAUGAGCAAGAAAACGACGAACGCAGGUUCAGGGAGUGCAUUGCAAGAGCCAUCCGAUACUAUGAUGCGCAAGAUCGGGCUCAUGGUAUCUAUGGUAAUUGGAACUCCCUAGGUGAAAGAACGAUACCUGUCGUUAAACCUUACCUUGUUUCUGCCGAGAAAAGAGAUCCAAUGUUCAAGAAGAAGGCUGAGUUGGCGUACAACAAUACGUUUCAUAUUACGGGUACCUUUUUGAGUGUAUAUUUUGGGAGUAAUUACGGAGUUGAUGGUUACUGUUGGUCAGACGUUAAAAAGCCUAACCAGCAUCAAAACGUCCUCUAUACUCUUGAGCGUAUACUCUACAAUUGGAAUUGUUAUGACGGCCAGCCUGGUAUUCCAAUGGGGUCGGGAAGAAUGUUUGACCUGACUGUCAGUAGUCCUGUCGUACCUACUCAUAUGGCAAUAAAUAACUGGAUUUCUAAAAACAUGGUGAUUUACUCCUUGGGAAAUGCCAAAAAGACUAGACCCAAGCCAGAUGGAUUGCAAAGUUCUUUAUCCAUGACCAGCUACCUGGACCGGCUUUGUAAGGAAUCAGUUCGUCAGACUGGAUCUUACGAAACCCAAGAGGAUGAAGAGGAGGAGCAGGCCUGUCAAGACAUGGAUGACCGAAUGUCAGAUAGGUCGGAAGAACAACAACCAUCGACCGAGUUCCCUCCAUUUUCUAUCGCAGAUGAUUGUUGUGAUCGAGCUUCUAUACAGAUAUAA